AUGCCUCCGACCGACUACUCGUGUGGCGUUGAUCUGUUCAAGUUCUACUUCGGUUAUGCCGUUGUUAAUACCUCGACUGAUAUUGUCAUUGUCCUUACUCCCUUCCCAUAUAUUUGGAAGCUUCAUCUCCCAAGGGACCAGAAGGCGGCUGUAAUGGCCAUCUUUGCCCUCGGCACUCUGGAGGUAAUAAUAUCAGGCGUACGGAUUGUGUUCUUGGUCACCCUCGAUCGCUCGUACGUGGACGUGACUUGGGACCUGGCUAUUCCGGCUGUGAUGACCGGCAUCGAGGUUACCUUGGGCACACUGUGCCAAUUCGUCGGCGGCGAAGGCGGGACGGGGAAGUCGCACGUCAUCGCAGUGCUGAUGGGCCCGUUCGCCGCAAGAGGGACCUCGAACCGCCUUCUCAUGACGGCGACGUCUGGGAUGGCCGCGGCACGGACCAGCGGCAUCACGAUACGCUCCGCCUACGGCUUCACCAAAGACCACGGGAGUUCGCGGACAAACGCGUCGAAAGACGUCGGUAGGCUAAGCCUGCCCAAUCAGGCGGAGCAGCGGUUCGUGAACGGCCAGACCCGGGUGGACUGGCAGGAAAAGGACGUCCUCGUCAUCGACGAGGUAAGCAUACUUGGGGCACGGACGCUGCACGCGGUCAUCGAGCAGCUUUGCCGGCUCCGCGGCUCACAGCGAGACCUCGGCAGUAUCCCGAUCGUCCUCUUUUGCGGCGGCCUCCACCAAUUCCGACCGGUACAGGAACGGCCGAUCCUGCUGCGCAGCGCGGCUGUCUCAUGGGACAUAGACAACUCGUUCAAGGCCGGGCAACGACACCGACACGACAAGGCGCACGUGCUGUGGAGGCGAUUCGCAACGAUCAUCAUGCCUAAAGAGCAUAUGCGUGCCGCAGGAAACCCGGAGCUGCAAAGGCUACUGAAGCGAAUCCGACGAGGCGAACAAGACGGCACGGACCUGGCUCUGCCCAACUCAAGGUGCUACCAAGAGGGCCAGAUGCGACCGGACAGGUGA